AUUGGGCUGAAAGCAGAGCUUGGCCAAGCUGACAGGUCCUCAGGGGCAGCCCUCCCACUGAAUCCAGGUGGCCCUGCCGGGCCACAGGUCCACAAUGAAGUACCCUCUGGUGCCGCUGGUGAAUGACCUCACUCUCUCUUUCCUGGUUUUCUGGCUGUGCCUGCCUGUGGCUUUGCUGCUGUUCUUGAUGAUCGUCUGGUUACACUUCUUACUUAGUCAAGAGUCAAAGGAAGAUGAUUCAGAUUUAUGUUUCAACUGGGAACCCUGGAGCAAAAGACCAUCUGAGUCCGGCUGUGAGGGGACAUUUCCUGGCCAGGAGGACAGGCUCCACUGGUGAGCCUGCUCUGCCAGGUGCCUUGGGCCUAAGUGGAUGGUGGGAGGAGAGCACUGGUGACCGACGACCUUCCCUGGGACCUCCGGGUGUCAGACCUGCCAAGCCUCUUGCCAAACCAUCCAUUCUCCAUCAUCACAGCUGACCCGGAACCUGAAGAACAGCUUAUGGGGGCAGCUGGCCAGCUCAGCUCACAGGAGGUGCCGGGUACCUAUUAAAGAAAUGGGGGUGCUCUUGUGCCCUGACGGAGCUCCUGGUGUCCAUUCAUUCACCAUGACUCUCUCUGCGCUGUCCCAGCCCCAUGUCUGCUGACAAAGCCCAGCACCCUGAGCUUUCAGCAUCACGUCACAAGCUUGAUCCUUGAUUAGACUAAAGUGUGAAUGUCCGCCUGGUGUCUGUCAGGGCCGCCUUACCUCAGGAGCAAAGAGUAUCUAUGUGAGCCACACUGUCCUAAGUGCUUCAUCCAGGACCAUUGUUAGUAAGAGUUCUAUGAGUUUAUCUUGAUUAACUUAUCCCUGAGUUACAGAGAAGGAAACUGAGGCAUAGCACUUAAGAAACUUUGCCAAGUCAUGGUGGAGGAGCAGAGAGUCAAACCCAGCCCCAGUGACUCCUGAGCCCAAUACUGAUGCACAGUGUUCUUCCUCUCCAGGUGGGGAGCUGGAGACAGUAGUGAGAGAUUAACACACACACACACACACACACACACACACACACACACAUUGAGAUAGGUGUCUCUAGCUCUGGCCUAGAACUUGCCACGUAGACCAGAUUAGCCUCAAACUCACAGAGCUCUGCCUGCCUCUGCCUCCAGAGUGCUGGAACUCAAGGCAUGUGUCACUGUGCCUGGCUACAUUUUAAGGUCCUGGGUCUCAGAGAAUUACCAAAGUCUCCUGCAGCCCUUCUGGUGACCCCAAGGCAACUGGAAGAUGUUCCCUGGGAGAUGACAGGCCUCCUGAGUACCAUCGGAUACCACUUUGUCCCCACCCCCACCCCCAGCAUCCUGCUGGACACCACAAAGACUGAAGAUCUCCCAGGGAGAAGACAGAGCCUGACUUGCUAGUCUGUGGCCAUUAGCUACCGCCCCUUCUGUCCUGUCAGAGUGACUCAGUCACAGCACCCACCAGAACACCCCUUACCCCAUCUUCCUAAAAAAAUAAA